CUGAACUGACUGGGUGACACUUCUGAGGAAGACUGCAAGGCCAAAACAUGUCCAGCAACUUCCCACUGAAGCCCACCAAGCCCAAACUCAGCCAGUCUCAGGCUGAAGAGCUUUUGAAGAAACACUACAACCUGACGCCCUCUGAAAUUCACCAUCUACCCAGUUGGGGGGACCAGAACAUUUAUUUUAGGGCCGUGGAAGGGGGCCAGUACGUGCUGAAGAUUAUGAACUCGGAGGACAGUAAGAACCCCACCGUGGCUGAAGUGCAGACUUGUGCCAUGACCUUCCUGCAGGAGAAUGGACUCCCAACCCCAAAAGCCCUGAAAACAACCACGGGACAGGUCAUGUUCCUGGAAGGAGUUGAUUGUGGCCAUGGUUUACAGAAGUUCCUGGUGCGCCUGUUGACUUACUUGCCGGGGAUCCCCAUCGCCAGCGCUCCCCUCUCACUGGAACUGCUGUAUGACGUUGGCCAGAUGGCGGCCAGAAUGGACAACAUCCUCGAAAAGAUGAAACAUCCCCAACUGUCAGCAUUGCAGAGGGAGGAGUUUAUGUGGAGUUUGUCAAAAGUUCUUCUUCUGGAAGAAUACAUGAGCGUCCUUGAUGGACACCCCCUGCAGGAGGAUGUGAGGUCUGUCCUCCAGCAGUACAAGACCUAUGUGGCACCCAGAUACUCCAGCUUCCGCAAAUGCCUCGUUCACGGGGACUUAAACCAUCUCAAUGUGCUUGUGCAAGCUAACGGGCACAAUGGCUACAGCAUUUCUGGUAUCAUUGACUUUGGGGAUAUGAACCUUGGUUAUUACGUACAUGAGCUGGCCAUCAACAUCACGCACGUGAUGCUUGCAUAUCCCAACCACAUUGAGGUGGGUGGAGCUAUCCUAGCAGGCUGGGAGAGCAUCUUUCCACUCAGCGAGGCGGAGAAAGAUUGUCUCUUUUGGUUGGUCCUGUCACGCUUCUGCCAGACGUUGGUGCUCUGCAGGCACACUUUGGCUUUUCUUCCUGAAAAUGAAGAAUAUCUCAUGCAUGCAACCAAAAACGACAGUCUGAUUUUCUGUAAACUUUGCAAAAUGGGAAAGCAGCAAGUGGAAAAGGUGUGGUUCCAAACUGCUGCUCGCUUCAGUCAAUGA